AUGUGCUUACACACCGCGCUCAGGUUUUUCGUGGUAGGACACAUCGAUGUCUACAUUUCGUACGAGUUGUCAUCUUCCCAAAAGUAUGGAGAGUGUGCUGAUGGUAGGAACGUCCUCAUAGCUAUUCUGGAUACCGGAGUCGACCCGUCACUGCCGAGCUUACAGAAAACAACGACGGGAGCACGCAAGAUUGUCGACUGUAUCGAUUGUUCUGGAGCUGGAGAUGUUGAAACCAGUGUAGUGAAAUCAGCUGUGAAUGGUAUUGUUGUUGGUUUGACUGGACGAAAGUUAAAGGUACCAGAAAAUUGGGAGAAUCCCACAGGAAAGUGGCAUCUUGGAAUUAAACCUAUCUAUGAGCUGUAUCCUAAAAGUCUCCGUAAUGUAGAAGAUUGGAAAAAAGAAAUGUGGGAUUCGUUACAUCAGAUGGCAAAAGCAGAUGCGCUUCGGCAACUCGUGAAGCACGAAGAAUCUGUCGGAGGAUUUAGUGAUAACCUUAAAGACAAGCAUGAACGCGAAAACUUGGCAUGCCAAGUAGAGUUUUUGAAAUCCGUGGACAAACUGGAGGAUAAGGGACCUGUUGCUGAUUGUAUCGUAUGGCACGACGGUCAUCAGUGGAAGGCCUGUAUUGACACGUCACUUCGUGGUCGUUUGUCUCUUUGUAAACCUAUGGGUGAAUUUCGGCACACUGGUCAAUAUAGCAAGCUUAGUGAUCGUGACGAGCUGUGUUAUACGUUUCGUAUUGAAUCUUCUGGUAACCGACUGGAAAUCUGUGUACCUAGUAGUGCCCAUGGUUCCCAUGUAGCAAAUAUAGCGGCUGCUCACUUUCCUGGACAACCAAAGCUAAGUGGUCUCGCGCCUGGAGCGAGGAUUGUGUCCCUAAUGAUUGGUGACAAUCGUAUUGACUCAAUGGAGACCGGUACUGCUUUAAUAAGAGCAUUCAGUAUUUGUGCAGCAAUGAAAGUUGAUAUUGUGAACAUGUCAUUUGGAGAAGGAAGUCAUUUUCCUGCCAAGGGACGUGUCAUAGAAGAACUGCAAAAGCUUAUCGAACAACAUAACGUGAUUUUUGUUGCCUCAGUAGGGAACAGUGGCCCAGCUCUGUCCACUGUUAGCACACCAGGAGGCACAACUCCAGGAGUACUUGGUAUUGGUGCCCGCAUUUGUGCUUAUCAAGCAGAGACUUUCUAUGGUGUGUUUAAUCCGGUGUGCUCAACGCUAUAUCCAUGGAGUGCUCGCGGUCCCUGUGUCGACGGGUCGCUGGGUGUAUCAUUAUCUGCUCCAGGAGCUGCCAUUGCCGGCGUACCUCGUUAUUGCCGUAAAUAUGCUCAAAUGAUGAAUGGGACAAGCAUGAGUGCUCCGAACGCAUCAGGAGCAAUUGCUUGUAUGCUUUCCAAAAUUCGCGCUGAUGGGAUUCCUUGGACAUCAUUUCGUGUUCGUCACGCCUUAGAAAGCACUGCGCUUACACCCCCAAAUGAAAAGCCAUUUUCAUGUGGAAAGGGCGUUAUACAGGUAUCGUUUAUUCAGACGGGGUCUGUUUCCAUUUUAGUUAAGAUACCGUUAAUUAUACUCCUGUUCACUGUAUAUUUAGGUGUUUACAUCCGAGAGCUGUUAGAAUCACAAGAUAUUCAGGAAUACAUGGUCACUAUAGAGCCAAAAUUCCAGGAACUCUCUGUACUGACUUUACCUUUCAUCGUCAUCUGUUUUGAUAUUAGUUGCCUCUUCCAUGUUUUAAAACGAAACUUGUUGAAGAGAAGUAACCGUAUAUUUUGCUGUCUGGUGGGUCAACCUUAUAAAAAGAAAUGUUUCCAGUUUACAAUUCAGGUGACUGGUUUAUCUGCCCAUCACCCUGAAAUGGGCCCUCUGUUCCGGGUUCCAAUCACCAUCAUAAAGCCCGAGGUUGUUACGCAUCAAGAUGAUUUCUCGUAUACACGUUCACUAGUAGCCGAGUCUGGCAUUCCGAUUCGUCACUUUUUAGUUGUUCCUCAUAGUUCCAACAUAUGUGAAAAUCUCCAGCGGCAAUCGGCGGAUCGUUUCACGCUGCAUUGCGUCCAGCUUGUCAAUGAAAAGUGUUUUCGCAACACUGAGACCUUAAAGAAUCUGUCUUCUAAUUGUUUCGAAUGGAUCACUGUAAUUCCUGUAAUACCAAAUCGAACGCUCGAAGUGUGCAUCGCACGGAGUUGGACCCGUGGGCAACAGGGAACUCCUAUAUCGCUGAAAUGCCGUUUUCAUGGAAUAGAUAGACCAAGUGUCAUAAAUCUGAUUCACGGCGCACCCUAUGUUCCAUUCCGUGCUGAAGCCGCUCCUAUUCGACCUAUCGAAAUCAAGCCAGUGAUCUCGUUAAACACUCUUCAUGUGCCUUUCAAACCUGUUUCGGCCAAAAUUGGGCCACUAGGUCCGCGCGAUUUGUUGGCGGAUGGAAAACAAGUGCAUCGUAUUCUGCUUACCUACAAAAUAAAUAUCAACAAAUCUGCUGAAAUUCGUCUCGACUUGCCUAGCGUGACGUCUUACUUAUAUGAGUCGCCUUAUGACUGCAUACUCUUCCAGUUGUUUUCGGCGUCUAAAGAGUUUAUUGGUGCCUCGAGCAGUUUCCCAGAAAGGUACACGUACAAAGUGGAGAAAGGUGAAUAUACCGCCCAAGUGCAAGUUCGUCAUCCUAACACUGAUCAGCUGGAGUUACUAUUUGUUGCUAUGUUCUAUUAUGUACCAAAAACAGUUUCGGUUACCGGAGGAUCAUUUUUAACCGGAAACUUGAUCAUGGUUGCUGAUAGUGAUCUUAGAAUGGUGGACAAGACAGCUGUGAUAUAUCUGUUUACUGAAUACAGUACUCGGCCUAGCAAGGCUUUGUCGAUGGUGACAUUCAAAGAAAAGAAAGCCGAUUUUUCUAGCCAAGAACAGGAAAUGGAGGAAAGUAUUCGGGAUACGCAAAUCUCAUGGCUAACGAAACUCAAGGAUCCACUUGCCGUCGAUCGCCUCUAUACUGAGCUCAUUAGCAAGUAUCCUACCCACUUACCACUGUUGCUUACGAAAUUAAGACAGGAAACCGAAACAUUGAAUUUGAUUGUAACGCAAAUUAUUGAGCAGUGCCAGCCUGACGAAGUACUGAAAUAUAACGGUUCUCGUAAUGAAUGUAGCAUAGAACAACUGGCUCUGAAGAAGUGA